AUCGGUUUUGGCUACUUUUUAUUUGUGGUUGUAAUAUCCUUUCAUAAAUGUAAUGUUUAGAGUUUCAUUUAUGGGUCUGGUUCUGUUUCGGGACAGAUUCGAUGUAACUACAAAACAAGAUUAUUUGAAACAAAUAUACUAAAAUGCGAACCCCAAUAUAUUGAGUAAAAUACAUUUGCUUUGUCAGCCAUAUAUGGCCUUGACGCCCAUACUAGUUGAAACUGUAACUUACUAAUGACAUGCCCUGAUCAUACUGUGAUAUACUUAAUAUACGGAGUUAAACAUUCUAUAUUUAUACUUCAAGUCCCAACAAAACUGCGACCUCCACUGGGUCUCGGAAAUCCUGACAUGCGCAGAGCUUUGACUGCAGCUUAGCCUACGUAGCGACUGCCAUGUAUCCGAAGAGUCGGGGCCAGCAGAUUUAACAUUGCCAUGGCACGGAUACAGCUAAAUAGUUGUGUUUGUUUCUUUAGUCCAGUGUUUCUCGGCGGCAGAAUGGACAAGGGCCACGGAUAUUGCAGGGGUACACGGUAAACCCUUUACUUUAAAACUCUGGGAAAAAGUGUUCCGCUGGGAGACGUGUAGCCAGUGUUCCGCAACUUUUGUUGUGGCGAAGGCGACGGCAGGAAAACAGGAACUGCAUUGUCGGGAGAAGAAGGAGUUGCAGCCAUGGAAGACUUCGGAUCGGCGCUGGAGAAAAAUGCGGCGGAGCUUACGGUCAUGGACGUGUACGAUAUCGCGGCCGUCGUGGGACAGGAGUUCGAGCGAAUUAUCGAUCAGUAUGGGUGUGAGGCGCUGGCGCGGUUGAUGCCAAAAGUGGUCCGGGUGCUGGAGAUCCUCGAGGUCCUGGUCAGCCGGAAUAACAUUAGCCCGGAGACCGAGGAACUGCGCCUGGAGCUGGACCGGCUCCGCGUGGAACGGAUGGACCGACUGGAAAAAGAAAAGAAACACCAAAAGGAGCUGGAGCUGGUGGAGGACGUGUGGAGAGGGGAGGCUCAGGAUCUGCUGUCCCAGAUCGCCCAGCUGCAGGCGGAGAAUAAGAGUCUGCUGACCAACCUGUCCGUGCAGGACUGCCCCACCUUAGAGGAGGAGCUUCAGCGGCAGGAAGGUGUGUCUGCAGGUGUGUCGGAGAGGGAGCGGCAGGUGAUGAAGAGGCUGAAGGAGGUGGUGGACAAGCAGCGGGACGAGAUCCGCGCCAGAGACCGCGAGCUGACGCUACGCAACGAGGACGUCGAGGCGCUCCAGCAGCAGCAGAGCCGGCUGAUGAAGAUUAACCAGGACCUGCGGCACAGGAUGGCAGUGCUGGAGGCGCAGGGCAAGGCGCUGAUCCAGCAGAAGGUGGAGCUGGAGGCCGCCGCCCAGGCGGGGCAGCAGGAGCUGGGGGAGCUCCAGCGGGAGGUGGCCAGGCUCCGGGACCGCCUGCAGGGAGAGCCCCGCCCCAACGGGGAGGACCCACCGCUGGCCCCGCCCCAGGAGGGGCCGUCUGAGGAGGACCCUGCAGAGGACAGAGUUGCCCUUGACCUGAAAGACCCCAACAGGCCUCGCUUCACCCUGCAGGAGCUGCGGGACGUCCUGCACGAGAGGAACGAGCUCAAAGCCAAAGUGUUCAUGCUGCAGGAGGAAAUGGCCUAUUACAGGAGUGAGGAGCUGGAAGAGGAAAUGGGCCCACCCCCCUCUUCCCCCGCCCCCGCGCCACGCCCCAACGUCCAGCCCGAGUCCGGGAUCAAACGGCUGUUUAGCUUCUUCUCCAGGGAUAAGAAUCGCAGCUCGCAGAAGAAUGCGAGUUUCGCGGAGAGUGUGGGCGUGUGGGCGAGGAGCGAUGACGCGUACACUGAGCAGGCCCUGGAGGCUUUGCAGCACAGUAACCUUGGAAACUAACAUACGGCAACAACACACAAGCGCACACGCAAAUACACACACACACACACACACACAUGCCCACACACACACACAUACACACAGAUACACACACACACACACACACACACACACACACAUGCCCACACACACA